GGCAGAAGACUGCGCGAGACGUCAGUACGCGGAGAACGCUACAGGUGUCGACACACCCCCCCCAGCUCCCUACACCCGGUGCUGCUACAUGUUCCCUUAGACAUAGAGUCAGCAGGUGCCCGUAGAUAGAAGCAUUGUGUCUUGAGUCAUCAGGUGCCCGUCGACGUACUGAAGUAUCCCGGGGAGCAGGUGUGUUCACAUGAUGGAGAAGACACCCCAAGAUGUGGCGACUGCGGAAGGGGGCGUGGCUGACUCCGAGACAGGGAAGGAAGGGAUGAAGCGCGGCAACUGGGGCGGCAAGCUUGAGUUCAUCCUCACCUGUGUCGGCUACGCUGUGGGCCUCGGCAACGUUUGGAGGUUCCCCUACCUGGCCUUCAAGAACGGCGGAGGUGCGUUCCUGAUCCCCUACUGGAUCAUGCAGCUGUUCGUGGGGAUGCCUCUGUUCUUCAUGGAGCUGUCAUUCGGCCAAUUCGCCAGUCUUGGCCCCAUCACAGUCUGGAAGGUCAACCCUCUGUUUAAAGGGCUCGGCUACAGCAUGGUGAUCGUGUCGGGGCUCAUCGGCGUUUACUACAACGUCAUCAUCGGCUGGUGCUUCUUCUACUUCUUCUCCUCGAUGCAGGGAACGUUGCCCUGGUCUCACUGCAACAAUGAAUGGAACAGCCCCAACUGCAUCGUAGACAGCCGGGUCGCCAACAACUCUAAUGCCACCCUCAAUAUAACGAUGUACAACACAACCAUCUCAGCCAGCGAGGACUACUUUCUGAAUUACGUGCUGAAGAUGUCUGACGGGUUGGAGAACAUGGGUGGCCUCAACUGGCGCCUUAGUUUGUGCCUGCUGUUGGCGUGGUUUGUUGUCUUCGGAGUACUCAUCAAGGGAAUCAAGUCACUAGGGAAGGUCGUCUACUUCACCGCCACCUUCCCCUACCUUCUGCUGACGGCGCUGCUUAUCCGAGGUGCAACACUAGAUGGAGCCUCAGAUGGCAUCAAGUUCUACCUGACGCCCGACUGGAGCAGGCUUGCCGACUCAGAGGUGUGGAGUGACGCAGCCACUCAGGUGUUCUACUCCCUUAGUGCCUGUUCCGGGGGCCUGGUACUCAUGGCCAGCUUCAACAAGUUCGACAACAAUUGCUUGAGGGACGCCUUGAUUGUUCCUCUCGUGGAUUGUCUCACGAGCUUCUUCUCGGGAUUUGUGGUGUUCACUGUGCUGGGGUUCAUGGCGUACAACAAACAGGUCAGCGUAGCCGAUGUUGCCGCUGGAGGUCCAGGUCUGGCAUUCGUGGCCUACCCAGAGGCUCUGGCCAGCAUGCCGGCCCCCACCGUCUGGGCCAUCCUGUUCUUCUUCAUGAUGGUUAUCAUCGGGUUCAGCUCUCAGUUCUCCAUCAUAGAAACAAUCAUCUCGUCCAUCUCUGACGAAUACGACUGGAUACUCCGGAAAAGUUUCCGGAACUCCACCCUCUUUCGCGUGUCUCUUUGUGUCGCCUUCUAUCUCAUGGCUUUGCCUAUGACUACAAACGGCGGAAUGUACCUCUUGGAGCUUGUAGACAGCACCGUCAGCGGCUUCCCGCUCCUAUUUGUCGGCUUGCUGGAGUGUAUGGCCAUCAACUACGCCUACGGUUACAGUCGGUUCUCCGAGGACAUCUCCAUGAUGCUGGGGAAACGUCCGUCCAUCUACUGGAGGUUCUGCUGGUGCUUCAUGACCCCCGCAAUGUUGUUUACAGUGAUAGUGUUCAAGUCUAUCCAGUACAAGCCACUGAAGUACGGCGACUACGUCUAUCCGGACUGGGCGCAGGCUUUGAGCUGGCUGGUGGCUCUCUUCCCCAUCGGCGCUAUCCCCGGAUGGUUUCUCUUCUACUUUCUUCGGAACGGCGGCUGGGAUCUGAUGAAGCAGCUGUCUAUCCCACUCCCAGGAUGGGGCCCUGCUCUUGAACAGAACCGGAAGUUCCGGUACGCAGGAACACGUGAGCUUGCGCAGAUCGCGAUCCAGAAAGACGCUGAUGACGAGAGGGACGUAAGUCGCGAAAUGGACGGGUACGAUCCGAAGACUGGUGGUCAGGAAAGACUCAGGUUUGACAAGAAGGAUGAUGGACAGGACAAUCUGGGGUAUACCAAGGAGGACGAGCCCCCUUCUUACCAGGAGACAUUCACCAAGAUGUAAGGGAUGUCCCACCAUGUUAUCGGGGUUGCUGAACUUUUUGAAUACCAGCUGAAUUACUUUCUUGAUAAAAGUUGAAUGGACGUGGACAUUGUAGAUUGCGUUUGCCAUUAAGCCAGCCUCCGGCAGGGGGAUAUAUAGCAGUGUUGCGCCUCUAAAGAACGACCACCUUAUUCUUGAUUCUUCUUUUUCUGAACUUUUUAUAGCCAUUUUUGUACAAACUUGUAUUCACGUCUUAUUGUUUUAAUACCUUUGUAAUGAGGAACUCUUCUACCACUUAACGAUGUGACAUCACAUCAUUUUUGAUUACGCGUGCAUAUAUUACAUAUAUCUGUUUUGGUGUGUUUGCUUGGAAUAAUAUGUUUUAUAAUAAUGAUUUGUUUUAAAUAAUUUCGUUUAGAAUAUGGUAUGUGGACAUUUGCAGAAAUAUUUAUAACCAGCUCUUGCAAAAAUGUAUUUACGUCUUAUUGCUGUUUUAUAAUCAAUCAUGUUGUAUAACUUCACUGAAGAGGCCUCAAGGCUGUAGUACACAUAUAUUAUAUCAGAGUAAUAAAGUCUAUAGAGUGGCAUCAUAAAUAAACAUUGACAAUUGUUGCAAAAUUACGCUGUAAUAGGAAUGUAACAGAGAUUCAAAUUUAAAGACACUGGAAUGGAUAAGGUAAUAUUCUCAUAUACACUUGUUUCUUUAAUUAUGCAUAGUCCAGACAUACAAGACUCUACUGUAUUUAUGCGAAGAAUACCUUUAUCUAAAUCCAUUCAAUAUUUCUUUACAAUUAAAACAGAUGAAUAAUGUUCAGUGUAUAUAUGCGUUUUCCACAGCCUAUUAGAACUGCAUUUGUUUGAUACUAUUAAAGAUUUUGUAAAUAUAUUGCCUUAAAUCUUUGUGUUAUUUACAUAAUUUAUACAGAAUAGGAUUCUACAUAUUGAUCAUUCAAAACAUAUCCUACUUUAUACAAAAAAAAUCAAAAUUGUUUAGUCUAAGCCCUAGCUCCGUGUAGUUAUAUUCCACUUAUAUUAACGAAAUACCUUGAAUAUAUCCAUAAACACCUGUUGUGCUUGCACUGAUUGUCAAUUUGUCUCUGUAGACCAUUAAUAGUACUAGAAAAGAAAUAAUGUCAAUUGCAAAGAUAAGUAAGAACAACUGUGUAAUACUUGGAUGUAACUGAAUACCAUUUGUUCCCUGUUGUGUACAGCAAUGCCAUAUGGAUGUAAUAACAAAAUAAAAGACGUUGGCACUCUUUCUAAGCAAGGAACUGCCAACGUCAAUGAACUGA